UGCCGAGAUAGUUCAACUUUAAUACGGUCCCGCCAUUAUUCUCUACACUUGCGGCAGCCGACAAAGGCAUGGCUCGUCUUGAAUGCAGGAAGAGCUUCAGCUGAGGUCAACAAUAAGGGCAGAAGCGCCAUCUAUAGAUACGAAGGCAUCCCUGACCGCUUUGAAACGGGAGAAUGUCUUCCUUCGCGGCAUUGAAUAUCGAACCUGACGAUGAUAGUGAUAUUGAAAUUGAUGACACCAAAGAAAUACAGGUCGAGGAAGCUUUAAAGCUUUAUCAAACCGCCCUCAAGCUUCAUUCCCAAGGACCAGAGUAUUUCCCUGAAGCAUCAGAAGCCUAUCUCGCUCUUUUUCGUUCAGAAAUCUUCAAAUAUCCCGAAUCUCUCUCCGAAGCUCAGCGACAUGAGCUCCACGGUACCUUGGUCGGGGAAGAAGCUGAUUCUCGUGUUGUGGAGUCCGCGCCGCUUGCGCUUCCACACCUUGAAGACGGGGCUGCUCCUAGCACGUUACCGCACAUUCUGUUCUUAUCGUUUAAAAACCAUGGCCAGUUUGUGCUCGAUUAUCUGAAAUAUCAUAUUGCGAAUGCAAAGGCACAAGGCGGCGAAUCAGGACCAGAAGCGGAAAAACUGAGAGGCGAUAUCUCGACUUCAGCUUUGAAGACACUUGAAUAUUUUGCAGAGGCCCUGGAGAGAGAUGACAGCGACAUUGAGCUAUGGCGUCGUACGGCACGCGUUGGAGACGUACUGGGUAGCCGUCGCAUUGAACGGUAUUGCUUGGAGACCGUUUUGGAAGGUGAUGACGGGGACUUCGAGGAUGCAAAGAUGCCAGUGCAUCCAGAGGAAGGAUUCGCUGGUGAGCAGCUCAAGGAGCUGUUGCGGAAUAUUUUUGAUACCUUGUCGUUCAAGCUCUCCCCUAUUGUGGAAUUGGACGCCAAACGUAUAAUUACAACACUCAGAAAGUAUAUGGAUCCGUAUCCUUACCUUCCUUCUGGAUCAGAAGACUACAUGAAAGACCACUUCGACUCCAGCCCCCUUGGCCGUGCCCCCAAGCUCUACACUUUGAAGCCUAUGUUGGCGACGUGGGCAGCUGUCGGAAAAGCCAUUCUUCAACACCUUGCUGCAGAGCAGCAUGGCAUCCUAGAGCCAGGCCCAGGUGCAGGAAUUAAAUUUAGUAUUCCUGGUGCCGAAGAGCCAAUCGAAAACGAAAGUACCCGUGAAGAUGAUACAGAUGGAGUCGCCGCUCAACUGCAGAAAGAAAUCGCGGCGGCAGACGAAGUCCAUGAGAGGGAAAGGACACGAUCCAAGUCCGCUCAGCACAUGUCAUCGAUGAAGGAUGAUCCUACCAUGGAUGAAAAGAUCACCAAAUCUCCUUCACAGCAGGCGAGCCCCGAGGCAGAGACAAAAGAAGCAUCCGGUCAGCAAACCUUGAGCAACCCCACUACUAAUAUUCUCCCUGUCAGAAAGCGGUCGUCGGAUGCUGCUGGCAUGGCCGAGUCUGCUGACGGUGGGCGUCUGAGGAGUAAGCGAUUGCGAGCUCGCGAGUCUGUCGCCGAAGGAACGGUUGGUGAAGAUGCCGACGUCUCCGAAUUGGCCAAACAGCAUGAAAGCCAAUUAAAUGAACUGGCACACGCUGACCAUUGGAUGUUUGAAACGAUCGGGAGUCUUCUUCGGCGCCUUGAAGUAGAGUCUCUAGGAGACUCGCAGAGUCUGAAAGACGCACUCCAAACAGAAGACCGCCCCUCUUGGGAACGCACUACUGCAGCGGAUCUGCUUGCCUUACUGAAAGGAUGGGAUGAAGCAAAAGGAAAUGCAUUCGUCUACGCUGACGAUCCAGACGAUAUCUCUGGAGGUUCUCGUAAUCCUGGUUUGACAGCUUUUAUGGAGCAUGCCAAGGGCUCUAAUCGCAAAGCUUCCGUUAAACCUCUAAUCUCCGACGGUCAUGACGUACUGGCGUUUGCAAGACAGGUCAACCAAACUUGGUCGCAUAUCAAGGAAGUCGCAUUUGAGUGGCUUCAAUGCCUCGUAAGGAGUAAUGGCGGUACCCUCUUGAACGGUGUAACAAAUACGUCGGAAUCUACUUAUCUGUGCUCCGUCUGGCCAGAUGCGCUCAAGGAAGUGGUGGUCCAAAUUAUCGUGAGCUUGGACGACUACGUUGAGUCGCGAGUACUGGAAGAGCUGUCUUCCUUGGAGAAUCGUAUCCUACAGAGUAUUGCCGACAGCGUCAAAUAUACGUUUACCGCCAGCGAUCACGCCGCUGUCGAAAUAGUUCAGACUCUCUUUGAGUUGCAUCUCGACAUUUACGCUAGCAUCACCAAUCCAAGUAGCGAAGUUGAUAAAUUAACUCGAAUCCUUCAAAAGGAUCGACUGGACAAAUGGGCUGGAAUCGCCAGUCGUGCAAUGCAUUUGCGUUCUGCUAAUUCACCACUAGCUGUUGAAACCGAUGACCUAUCCAUCCGUUUCCUUUGGGCUUCGACCUUCUGUGCAAAUCAAUCAGAAGAUGUUUCCCGUGAACAUAUACUCAUCUGCUUGGAGGACUUGAAACACCUUCUAGAAGCGGGUAAUAAGUGUGCCAUUCAGCUUCAGAAUAACGCAUUGAUGCCGGAAAUAUCCGUUGCUGAUGCGGAUCGUGAAAUUUCUCGACUCACAACUAUGGACUAUUUCUUCCAUAUUUUUGACGCCGAUACUACCGAUCCUGUGGCAGUCAUCGAGAGCCUGGAGCCCGUGCUCGACCCAGGAAAUUAUGAAUAUGAUCACGCCCCAGCCUCUGCAGACGUGGCUAGGUCUGCGAGCCAUGAGAACGUGUCUCCCGAAAAUAUUUCACGCCAACAGUCACCAGAGCAAGGCUCAUUGUUGGCAGAAAUGUCUAAUUUCCUAGAUCGCGGAAGUGCAUCCUUGAGGCUGCUUCUUUGGCGUCGACUGCAGGAGGCUUACGAGACGAUUUCUUAUUCCCCGAAAGUUUUAAUCUGUUACCUUCAGAGCAUAACUAUCAUCAUGAACGAGUUCCAGAAACCCGCGUAUCUUGAGAGCUCGCUGGACGAGCGAUUCUUCAUCUUGUUGAAAUGGAUUCGCGCAUUAGACGACCUCUUGUCGAAGACGCUGGAUCUUUUAGACAAGGAACCAACAGCAUUUGACUGUUUCAUCCUGCCCCAUGGUCGAUCUGCGAUGCAUGCCAUCGCCAAGCUCUUGAGACUGCUCCAUAGCUUUACCUUGCAGGACGAUCUCAUACGAAUUGGAGUAGCGCAGCCGUUUCAUACCCAGCACCAACUUUCAAUCAAAUCCUUUAAUCUCCUUAUGAACAAACUCCGAGAAUUGUACGUACGAGGAUGGAUAGUUGAAUAUUGUUUGCUAAAGGAGGGGAUAUCGCAAACCCAAGAGCUGUUUCCGAACGGAGCAGAAGAUUUAUACGACUGUUUACGCACAAUGCAUUAUUCGCUCGGUCUCCGAUCACUCUGCGAAACUGCCCGCAAAGCUUUCCCGACCUUCAUGAAAAAUGAGUUGCUGAAAAUAUCGAAGUCAGACGGAUGGGAAGGUGACUUGGGUCAGGUCAUAUAUGAUAUACAUGGUCUCAAAUUGUGCCCCAAUCCAGUAGAUCUGCAGGAACAUGGGACUUCGCCCGAGCCUUUAAGUCGAGAUACCGCGAUACAGAUAAUGGAUCUGGUAAUGUCCCAAGUCAGAGACAUUGCAAUCAAGGACCUGCCGAAAACGGAGCUCAAGCCCGCCAUUGAUAAAAUGCAUCAGGUCAUUGGCAUCGACAGGCAUAAUUUGAUGACUUCACACAACCGACGUGUUUUGGGCUCCUACUUGAAGUCGCCAAUCAAUCCUGUGCAGCUUUACCGCUCUAUCAAAGGGAUUGGUGAUCUAUCUAUGGUUCCUGUGCCGCCAAAACACGCCCGCGUCGCGGAGAAAGGAUGGUACUUUCUUCUUGGCCAUCUAGCCCUUUCUCGAUUCCGUUCCGUAAAACGGGUCACUCAGACGCCUACGGAUGAGCUCGAUAGUGCUCGUCUUCUCUUCAAACAGGAUCUCGAGUUCAACAGGAAUAAUUGGGAAACUUGGUAUCGACUCGCCCAAGUCUAUGAUUUGAAGAUUGACGAAGAUGUCAUGUGGUCUGCGGAGAAGAUUAACAACAGUAGCCGUGAACUUGUGAUGCUCCAAAGAAGUUCUAUACAUUGCUAUUCAAUGGCGCUUGCAACAGCAAUCAAAUAUGCUGACUCGUCAUUUGAAACAGCUAGCAAGCUGUCUGACUUGUACACCGAUUUCGGUAUCCGUAUGUAUGCUUCUUCUCGGCCGCCAUUCAAUAUGGAAGCAUUCGCCAUCCUGCAAGACAGGUUUUUCACUGGUCUGGAAGGCAUGUACAAGGAAUCUGCUUUCCGUGGACUCUCUAAAUAUGCUACUUGGAAGUUUGCAAGUUUCCUAUUUCGCCGAGCUCUCGUGGAGAAGCCAAACAAUUGGAUGAAUCAUUACAUGUUGGCGAAAUGCCUUUGGAAGAUGCAUUCGUUUGAAUACCUUGAGUUUCCAGAAGAGAUCCAAAUUGAUGCGCAUGAAGUCAUCGAUACGAUCAUUCAUUCCAUCGACUGUGUUCCUGAACGGAAGGACAGCAGACAAGAUCCUAUAUUUGAGCCACACUAUAAGCUUGUCUCAAUCGUCCACAAACUCGUUACUAGAGGAACGCUUGAGCCCGAUCAAGGACAAGAAUUCCUCAAUGCCACUCCGUACGCUGCCAAAGCAGCACCACUCACGGAAAAGACCGACUGGGUUCCUUUUAUCUUACGCAUCUUGAAGGUCCUUCGAACUGCGGACAAAGCUAACUGGCAUCACCGUAUGGUUGCAAGGGCUGCCCAGAUCAAUUUAGAUGAUGCAGUGGCCUCUAAAGAGAGUGCAGCUCGUCUCGCCAAGGAGGAAUUCACACAGCACAUUUUCACUAAAACUAUGGCGCUUCAAGUCUGGAAGCCCGAAUAUGAAAGAGUGGGUAGACAUUUCGUAUACACGUCAAGAUAUAUCAGAACCUUCUCUCAGAUUCUGGUCGAUCUUGAGGAUCGCUCAAGCUUGGAAGCAAUUGUAAAGCGUCUUAGAAAGAGGACUUCAGAAUAUAUCGACCAUACAAAGCUAUGGCAGGACGUUUGCUCGUCUUAUAUGCAGCUGCUACGCCGCCUUGGCGAGAUUCCAGAAAACCACGAGGAGUCAGUAUUUAAAAAUAUCACCCAUGAAGAAUUUCAAACUGCUGCUGCCCGAUUAGAGACGUGGUGCAAAUCAAACUACCAUAACUCAACUCUCAACACCUUACGCGAUGCAAUGGAGCUGAAAAAGCUGAACAGCGGCAUGAUGAAACCAGUAGUCUUUGACGAUCUCGUUGCAGAUACUUAUGCCGUCUUAUAUGGAACCGUGAUGCCUCAGUUGGCACCACCGACGACCAACGGCAGUCAGGACUCUGAAAGAAAGGAUAUGAUGAGUUUGAACAACCUCCUCAUGAGUGCAGACGAAUCCUCAGAGCAGGCGAGAUCAACAGCGGCGCAACAAGAGACCGGGCCCAAGCCACGUGUUAAAGGUGUAGGUAGAAGAGAGAUUCAAAGAAAAGCGGAUGCAGCUGUUGCGGCGGCAUUUUCUACUGCAGCUAGGACAUCUAAAUCUGCCACAUCGGCUCCUCAACAGACGGUGCCAGAGGUGGAAGAAGACAAAGAAGACCUUUCCAAGGAUGAUAAUGCUCAAGGUGCUGUCAGCAGCGUACCUGGGAGUGUUCAUGACAGCGCAGACGAUGAGAGUGAGCUUAGCGACGUGGAGGAAGACAAAAUUGCCGAGCCCAUGUUCCCGAACCUCGGCACACGAAGUGGAAACAGAGUUGACGAGCUGGGCGAAGAAGAAGGCGACGAUGAAACUGGACAAGAUGAAAUGACCACCGGCGAAUAGGAUUUGGAUGUCAUUGGCGGCUCCUACUCUUUUGAUUGCAUUUCAGGCGUUGGAUUCGGGAAAAUGGCAAAUCCGAGCAUUAGAUGGGGAAAAGGGGAAAUAAAGGACAAGAGGGCAAGGGUUUGAACUAAACAAUUUUUCAUGCGUUUGAUAUUCCAAAAGCUGUAACCUUGGUGUUCGGUGGCCUUGUUUUGUCAUUUAUCGGAGUAGAGUGUGACUGAUAAUCAGUCUGCGCCAUGUAUUUUUGAUCGAAGAAAUUAUGGAACUAUCCGCC